AUGUUUCUCGACGGCCCUGCGCUCGAAAGGUCCUCUAAGGCUCUGCAGAAAUCGGAAGACACUCUUCAAGAUUAUGCGUUUUGGCAACAUUUUGAUGACGAUAUCAAGGCGCUCUAUGAGGUUCUUCUCGAACUCACCCCAGCGUUGCAAUACUUGAAGGCAACUCUUGCGCAAGAGGUGGAUUGGGAUGUCAGAGAUGCGACUGUCAAAAGUCUGGAAUCUCACAGAAAGGUCGUCAGUCAACUUCCGUCACGCCUCCACCAAAUCAGAUCUGAGGACAUUUAUCUACUACCCGAAAGAUCAAGUUCUUCCCUACGGAUUUUUGAAGAUCGGGAGAAACAUAUUGAUACAUUUCGGACCCGAACACGACGGAAGCUUCACAAAAACGUUCUGGAAUUUCGGCAGACCGUCCCCUCAGUGUUGGAGGACCUGGACCUGUGAGUAAUGUCCCUCUUUUUUCGGAUGCCAUUUAACAACCCGGCAGGGCUAUUCACAUCUUCGAAAAAAAAUUGCUGAAAAGUCAUCUUGAACAAUGGCCUAAUAACCAAGAAGCUCUACCCAUGUUGAAGCUUCCUCCCUUGCAGAGCUCAGGACGUUUGAAAACAUGCAAUCAAUGCUCAAAGAUAUUUGAGUUACGUGAAUUAUGGCCCAUAAACGACAGGUUGAAUCCUUUUCAACCGAGCAUUUCUUUCAAGACGGAUCCAUUGAAGCUCUUUGAUUCUGCUGCUCGAGGAUGCCAUUUUUGUCGACUUCAAAUUACCAGACUUCUGGAUCUAGGUCCGGCUAUUGCGGAUAUUAAGAUGGCUCAUGUGACUUGGUGGAAGUAUUGGGUUCCAGGUGGAGAAGGCGAGGACGAGGGAGAUGAAGAGGGAGAGAACUCAUUCUGUAGGGACUUUAGAAUUCGCUAUAUGUCCAGGCGCUGGACUACGAUUUGCUGGGAUUAUUUUGUUACCAGGACGCUCGCAAAAGAGGACAAGGGUAUGUUGAAGAUGAUGAUUGUCCUUUCUUUACUAACAUUAGGCAGUUCGCCUUAUUGCAUCUUCCACGGAUUCAAGAACUAGUAUGGCCCUGGCCAGAACAUGGAUUAGGAACUGUGUAAACAACCAUGAAAAUUGCCACCAGAAUCCGUCUAAAAGUCUAAGGCGCCCGACACGAUUGAUAUUCCUAGGGAUAGCGGCGACUACAGUAGAGCCGCGACUGGUUGAAGAGAAGAAUAUUGGCAUGAAUGUUAGAUAUAUGACCUUGUCUCACCGAUGGAACAAACAACACCCCGCGAAACUCUCAACUACAAAUUACACCGGGCUUAUUCAAAGAAUACCCAUGAAUCCUUUACCGAGAGUCUUUCUAGACGCAAUGAUGAUUGCUCGGCGACUUGGAAUCUUCUAUCUCUGGAUUGAUAGUUUGUGUAUCAUGCAAGAUUCUCUUGAAGAUUGGCAAAGGGAAUCUUCGCACAUGGGAGAUAUCUAUGCAGGAUCAUGGUGCAACAUAUCGGCUAUGAAUGGCCAGGAUAAUCUCCACGUUGAAAGGAACCCCCUCGAAAUUCAAGGCUGUUUGUUCAAAGACAAAACAGCAAAUACUACCUUCCAAGUACGCGCUCAUGACGAAGGUUUUCGACAAUGGAACCAGUCAAUAACAAAAUCACCAUUAAUGAAAAGGGGCUGGGUCUUACAAGAGCUUUCAGUAGCACCACGAACUCUUCAUUUUGGUCUCGACAGCGUCUUCUUCCAAUGCAAAACACAAAAAGCCUCAGAAGCAUCGCCCACAAAUUUAGACAUAACAGUCAAACGCUACCAACCCGCACCUCUGUCACUGACUCUUCCUUUCAAACAACACUGGGGACCACCAGGGUGGGCAGAACUAAUCCACCAAUAUACACGCCGCACCCUGACCUUCCCAGAGAAAGACAAACUCGUUGCAAUUUCGGGUUUAGCACAGAAUCACGGUCCCUCGGAACAAUACCUCGCCGGUCUCUGGAAGAAAGAUAUUAUUUUCCAACUUCCAUGGCGAGUCCUCCACGAUCCCGACCUCAGUUCUCCCCAAUCAAACGACCAAACACCAACCUGGACCUGGGCCUCCACAAACCACUCCGUUCUCUCAAAUUCACACCCAGAAUCUAAACCCCUCACUCUACACCCCCUCGCCACCUUCCUGCGCGCAGAAAUGAUACCCGUUUCCGAAGAUGCCUACGGACAAAUCUCCAAAGGAACAUUAUACCUAGAAGCACCCCUCAUAGUAGUCUCCUUUGAGCCUCUGACACCCAACGCCUACACAGCCCGCUGGUACCGCGGAGGCGCCCUCUCCCUCCCCAUCUUCUCCGCCUCACUGUCCAGUUCCACCCGCUCAAUAUCCUUCGACUCUCUCCCCAAUCCCCCCCUUACUCCCUCCUCUACACACCCUCCCCAAGACCCUCCACCUCCCACCCCUUCGACUUCCCCAAAAUCCCAACCACAAUCUCAAGACCAAGAAAUCAAAGACAAACAAGANUCCUCUACACACCCUCCCCAAGACCCUCCACCUCCCACCCCUUCGACUUCCCCAAAAUCCCAACCACAAUCUCAAGACCAAGAAAUCAAAGACAAACAAGACCAAACACCAACCUACCUCCUCCCACUCUACUACCACCUCUCCCGCACCACCAAGCGCAAAACCGGUCUCCAAGCCCUCAUUGUGCAGCCCACCGGUCUCCACGAACGGGAGUUCGUCCGAAAAGGGGUUGUGUAUAUUGAAGGGACGUGGUGGGUGGCGAAUCUGGGGAGGUGUUGUAGGGAUUUUCUGGGGGCGGUGGAAGGGGAGAUUUAUGAGGGGUUGGUGGGGGAACGGGAGGAUUUUCCGCUUUAUGAGGUGGUUCUUGUUUAGUGUUGAAUGUUUGGUUUGGAAGGAGUUGGGCUGUGGGAG